CUGUCCGGCCCUGCCCGCACCUCCCGCGGGCUCGGCGCGGAGCCGAGCCGAGCCGGGGAGCUCCGCCCGCCGGGACCUGACCCCCGGGGCACGGGGGUCCACAGGCUCCCCGAUCCCUCGUGGGCACCUUCUGCCGGGCUUCCCACCCCACUGCUCACAGGACUCCUCAUCCUUCCUCGGUGCUCUCCCGCAGCUCUUCCUUUCCGGGCAGGAACGGGUGUCCGCAGGAGCUGCUGCGAUGGAACCGGGGGACAUCUGGAACUCCACGUACGGCCCUGGCCCCGAGGCGCCGGGGAGCAGCACGCCGGGGCUGGUGACCAUGGCACACGGCUUCCUGCGGCUGGUGCAGCCCAACCCCCUGCCCACAGAGCUGAUUAAUUUUGGGCAGCCCCAGAGCGGGUUCAACCGGGAGGACAUCCAUGAGCUGCUGCUCUACGAGCUGGGUUUCCUCAUCUGCGCGGCCAUUGGAGUCCUCUUCAUCAUCCUCGUGCCGCUGGUGGGAUGCUGCUUCUGCUGCUGCCGCUGCUGCGGGAACUGCGGGGGCCGCAUGUACCAGAAGCAGGGCCGGCGGAUGGGCUGCCGGCGCCGGGCGCUCUGGACCUCCGUGCUGCUGCUCUCCGCUUUCCUCCUGGCUGGUGGUGUCUGUGCCCUCAUCAGCAACACCCGCUUCUCCCAGGCUGUGAAGAGCACCUUCCCCAAUGUGAAAAACACCCUGGAAGACGUCCACACCUACGUGGCCUCCGUCCCCCAGCAAGUUGAUUUUAUCAUCAACAGGAGCGAUGUCCCACUGGACUACGCCAACCGCAGCCUCCAGGACAUUGGGCCCAUCCUGGGCGGUAGGAUCAUCUCACGCGUCAGGAGCAGCACGGACGGGGCUCUGGGAUCUCUCCAGAGCCUCUUGCAAGGGAUGGAGAUGCUGAAGAACACCUUUGGCAACAUUGCCAUCAGUCGCUCACACCUCGAGGAGCUGCAGAGCAACUACAGCCAGCGCUUGGCCAGGCUGCAGGACAGGCUCAACCACACCCUGCAGAACUGUGGCCUCCCCUGCAGCAAAGUGUCCCUGGAUGGGCUCGCCUUCACCACCAACUUCAGCACGAUCCCGAGUGUGGAGCAGCAGCUGAAGGUGCUGCAUGAGGUCUCUGACUCAAACAUACAGACUGAUUUAGAGGAGGUUAACAGAACGCUGGACACAAUCCCUGACAAGGUGCAAGAGCAGUCCCAGGAAGUGGUGACGAAGAGCCAGGACCAGCUGGGACUCAUCAGGCGGGAGAUCAGAAGCUUGAGGGAAGAGUUGCCGCUCCUGGAUAUGGAGGAGAAAGUUGGGGCCUUUGUGAACGAUAGCACAGCGGUGCUGGAGGAGUACAGGGAGCCGGUCAUUGCCUGGGACAGGCUCAGGCUGAUCGUGUGCGCCCUCCUGUGCUGCACGGUGUUGCUGGUGGUCCUCUGCAACAUUUUUGGGCUGCUGCUGGGGCCGCUGGGGCUGAAGGAAGGUGUGCUGCCCACACAGCGCAGCAGCCUCUCUGAUGCCGGCGGGAACUUCUUCAUGGCAGGGGCUGGCUUCAGUUUCAUCUUCUCCUGGCUGCUCAUGCUGCUGGUGAUGAUCAUCUUCAUACUGGGGGGGAACAUUUACAUGUUCUUGUGUGAGUCCUGGCACAACCAGCAGCUCUUCCAGGUCCUGGACACCCCUGGCAAGAUCCCUAACUUCAAUCUCUCAGAGCUGCUGGGCCUCAAGGGUGACACAGCAAACUUCUCAGAGAUAUACAGGCAGUGUCAACAAGAUGCUUCCCUGUGGCAAGCUCUGCACUUGGACCAGAGCGUGUCCCUGGAUGAGCUCUUGAAUAUCAGCCAGUACACAGGAGACAUCUCCACAGCUUUCGAGAAGAUGAACGUCACCAUAAGCCCCAUCUCCCUGCUCAGCCAGAGCCAGAGAGACCUGCUGCUGAGUGCCAGUCAGGCCGGACAGCCCCCCAACUUCACCCUCACCCUGGAGCAGUUGGAUCAGAAUGUGACCCAGGGAAACCUCCUGGAUCUGGCUGCAGAGUUGGAGCAGUUGGCAGAAAAAGAGGACACAGCUGUGAAGAAGGACCUGGAAGAUAAUGCUCAUGAACUGAGGGAGCUGGAAAAGGAGAUGCAGGCGAGCUUCUCUGGGCCGCUGCGAAGUCUGAAGGAGAACAUCCUCUCAGUGCAGAGUGGGGCUGCCCAGCUGGAGGGACAGACAACAGCUGCACUGGACAAAGUCAGCAAAACCCAGGAGUUCCUGGAGAGGGACAUGCCAGACAUCAUCAAGAACGAGACAGGGGCCUUCCUGGAGCAGCUGUUGGAUUUCUUUGAGACCUACGUUUCAUGGGCCAAGAGCAGGGUGACAGAAGACGUGGCACGUUGCAAGCCCAUAGCUCAGUCCUUGGAUAAUGUGGAGGUCAUUGGCUGUGACUAUAUCAUGGACUCUGUGAAUGCCUUCUGGUUCAGCCUGGGCUGGUGCACCUUGUUCCUGCUGCCCAACAUCAUCCUGGCUGUCAGACUUGCCAAGUUCUACCGCCGCAUGGAUGUUGCUGAUGUGUACAGGAAUGAAGACUUUGAAAUGCCACCAACAUUCAACGCCUUCAAAAUCCCCAGGCCUUCUACAAGGCAUUAGCCCAUCACCUGCAGGUGGAGGAGGAAAUGGUCAGAUCCCCUCACUUGAAAAAUGUGACUUAUUUAUUUUUGCAGGGAGCCUACCUCUUUCCAAGGCUGUAAUUUUUGGUGUCAAACAAUAAAUGGUGUGUUUGUGUGCA